ACUCAGAUGUUUUUUCGGCUGAUGAGGAAAUGUCUACACCUUUCCGAGUUGAUUCCCGAACCGAUGACGGCAUAUGAUGACAGCAAGCUGCUCAACCAUGGCAUUGGGUUCACCAAUAUUGUAGAACGCACAACAAGAGGCAGCGGAGACCUGAGCAAGAAAGAAAUCCGUGAUGGAGGGAAACAGUUGUUGGAAAAACUCAAGUUCUAUGGUCCGAAAAUCGCUGUAUUUAAUGGCAAAGGUAUUUACGAAAUCUUCAGCGGAAGCAAAAAUUUUGCUUUUGGGAAACAGCCUGCCAAACUUGAAGGCACCGAAACUACAGUCUUUGUGAUGCCCUCAUCCAGUGCUCGAUGCUCCCAGCUUCCAAGGGCCAUCGACAAGGUCCCGUUUUAUGUGGCACUGAGGAGGCUGCGAGACUUCUUGGUUGGGAAGAUCAAGACGCUUGAUGAGAGUGAGGUCUGCUUCCCUGAUCUCGAACUGAAGGUGAAGACGGAGAAGGUUGACAAAACAGAAAAAGCAGAGAAGACCCCUAACAGCAAGAAACUGAAGGCUCCCAAGAUAGAAAACCCUGCCUACCCAUUGCCCCCAUCUAGUUGCCUCCCACUCAAUUGCCCCCUUCAGGGUUCAACUUCAAGUUCAUCUUACGUGAAGCCCGAACCAACGUAUGACACGGAUGAUUAUGGUCAGAUGCCCAUGGGCAAGGGCCUAAGCGCUGGUGUAGGGCAAGGCGCAGAACUGGGCCUCAGCUCGGAGAAGGGGUCUGAAUUUGCUGGUGCGCCCCCUGGCACCGGCAUGUUGUCCCCGUCCGCUUGCGCGCCGCCCUCCACGUCUACUCCGCCCACGUCCACCACUCCGAGUUUCCAAGCCAUGCCGUUCGACAUGCUCUCCCCGCCGCCGCCCAACCAGCCGGUCCCCGUCGGUAUGUCCGAGUACACCAACUACCCACAGGCGUCGUACGACUACCUUCCCUUCCCCACGUGAUGGGUGGUGGUGUGAGGAGGAGGUGAUGCUGAAAAGGGGUGGGUGAAAAGCGAAAUUGGGUACAUCUGUAGGUGGUAUUACCUACUACUUUAUCACCCCCCUAUAUGUAUGUAUUUAUAUGCACACUAUACAUAUAUAUAUAUGUGUAUAUAUAUAGGUGUAUAUGUAUAUGUAUAUA